CCCUUGUCUUAAGCUGUGGGAGAUGGUAAGGUUACAUUAUUACAUGGGGAAUGUGACUUGUUUUGAAGACGUCACGUAAGCCUUCGCCUCCCAAACACUCCCCGGUGCUGGCAGCCCCAGACCCAUGCCUAGUGCAGCAACAGCAGUGAUGGCAGCCCUCCGAGCAGCAUCCAACAGGGCUUCUCGCCUCGCCCAUGCCCUCAGUGGGCGUCUGCAUCAACAACAGGCGGGGCUCGCUACUUCUUCAGUCAUGAAAACCAAAGUAGGGAAAACUAAAUUCAACAAGGCUGCUCAGGAGGGUGUUCGCAAGGAGUAUGACACCUUUGGAGAGCUGGAGGUUCCCAACAGCAAGUACUAUGGUGCCCAAACUGUUCGCUCUGUAAUGAACUUCCCCAUCGGAGGAGAAAAUGAACGCAUGCCGUUACCUGUGAUCAAGGCUUUUGGUGUCCUGAAGAAGGCAGCGGCACAAGUCAACAAGGAGUUUGGCCUUGAUCCUAAGGUUUCUGAUGCCAUCUCUAAAGCAGCAGAUGAAGUUAUUAGUGGCAAGCUGUAUGAUGAGCACUUCCCUUUGGUCAUCUGGCAGACGGGCUCAGGCACACAGUCCAACAUGAACACCAAUGAGGUCAUUGCUAACCGUGCUAUAGAAAUGAUGGGAGGACAGCUUGGCUCCAAGACACCUGUCCACCCCAACGACCAUGUUAACAAGAGCCAGAGCUCCAAUGACACUUACCCGACAGCCAUGCACAUUGCCACUGCUGUAGAGAUUCACAAUACUCUUCUGCCUGGCCUGAUAGCUCUUCAUAAGGCUCUGGAUGACAAAUCCAAGGAGUUUGCAGACAUUGUCAAGAUUGGUCGAACCCACACUCAGGAUGCCACUCCCCUCACUCUAGGCCAAGAGUUUGGAGGAUAUGCCCAGCAGAUUGCAUUUGGCAUUGAGCGGGUAAAGGCCACUCUGCCCCGUCUGUACAUGCUUGCUGCAGGUGGCACAGCUGUGGGCACUGGACUCAACACCAGAAUUGGUUUUGCUGAGAAAGUGGCUGCCAAGGUGUCAGAGCUGACUGGACUGCCAUUUGUCACUGCACCCAAUAAGUUUGAGGCACUGGCAGCCCAUGAUGCCAUGGUUGAGGUGUCUGGAGCCCUCAAUGUACUUGCUUGCUCCAUCAUGAAGAUUGCCAACGAUAUCAGGUUUUUGGCCUCAGGUCCCCGCUGUGGUCUUGGGGAACUGUCACUGCCAGAGAAUGAGCCAGGAUCCUCCAUCAUGCCAGGGAAGGUGAAUCCCACACAGUGUGAGGCCAUCACUAUGGUUGCUGCUCAGGUGAUGGGAAACCACGUGGCUGUCACAGUGGGUGGCUCCAAUGGUCACUUUGAAUUGAAUGUCUUCAAACCAAUGAUGGUGGCCAAUGUGCUGAGGUCCAUCCGACUUUUAGGAGACAGUUGCCAUGCCUUUGUGGACAAUUGUGUCACUGGCAUUGAGGCCAAUAGGGAAAGGAUUGACAAACUUCUCCAUGAAAGCCUGAUGCUUGUCACAGCUCUCAACCCCCACAUUGGAUAUGAUAAGGCUGCCAAAAUUGCUAAGACUGCCCACAAAGAAGGUUCCACCCUGAAAGAAACAGCCCUUAAGCUAGACUACUUGACAGAGGAACAGUUUAACCAGUGGGUGCGGCCAGAAGACAUGCUGGGACCCAAGUAAAUGCCCUGCUCAUCCCUCAUCACUUCCAUCAACAUCAUUUUCCAACCUUCUCAGAGACUGGAUCAUCAUGAUUGUAAGAACAUAAGGAAGUAAGGGAAGCUGCAAGAAGCUGUCAAGCUUUAACUUGGCCAUCCCUGCAGGAAACAUCAUUAUAUAUAUAAAUACCUAUCUGCUCUGAACAACAAGACUGCUUAGCAGGUACUAGUCUCAACUCAAAUACUACAGAAUCUUAUGUCAGCACCAUGGUAUUUAUCUAGCUGGUAUAUUUUCAGAGCACAAACAAGAAUGCAACUGAAAUGUAUAAUUUUGUAACCAUGGAAUUUUCAAGGUUUGUAAAUAAGAGUAAAGAAUAAAGGUUUCCUAUGAA